GAGUGUGAUUCCGGAUUGGCGUCGGGGAAUCUCAAUAGAAGUCAGCGCCAUGAAUCGCUUGCAAUCCGUACUCUUUACGGGUCUCUUUGCCGCUCUAGCUGUCGCCUUAAUGUCAGCAGGACUCUCGAAUGCUCUAGAUUGCUAUGUGUGCAGCUCCUCGGAAAGCUACCAAGAUACCUCCUGUGUGGACAAUUCCGGGGCACUAAAGGUGCUCAACUGCAGCAAGAAAUACUGCGUUACAGUGCGCAAGGAACUAAGGCGCAACUCGAGCAAGGUGGUGUCCUUCUCACGGGGCUGCGAGGAUGUUCCAGAGAUGCUAUAUGGCAACAUACCAGAUGAAAACUUUCGCACUUAUUACACAUCCUGUCAGAAGGACUUGUGUAAUGGCCAUAAUGGACGGAUUAAGAACUCCACAAGUGGAACAGGAGCCAUCCAUAACGCCAUUGUUCCCGGGAAAAAUGCAGGGCAUAUAGUCCUGUUUUGGCCAUACUCUCUUCUACUGGCCACACUUUUACCACUUUUCAAUAAAUAA